GUCAUUUUGCAGCAGCAAAUGCUGAUCGUUGCUGGUUGUAGUGGGCAGUAUAGCAAACUUGUGUGCACAGGUUAAAAUAUUGCUUCCUUAAACAUAAAUACGGCCCUUUUUGGAAUCCCUGUCCUAAAAGUAAGUAUUUUAUCUUCUCCCAAUUAUGGAUUUUCUUGUGCAUUAGUGAGAAUUUGUGUUGUAUGAGUUUUGAGAUGCAAAACUCUGUUUUAUUUUUAGGGCAGAUUUUACUGACUAGAUUUCUCUUGUUCUCUUGUAACCUGUCACUUUGCUGUGAGUUUCUUUGUCCUGAAGAAUUAUUGGGCUGAUAAUUUUUUUAGUAGCUUAAGUUUGCUAGAUCUUUAUCUCUUCCUUAUAAUCCCUUCCUUAUAAUCUACCCUUUUACCCAUGAUUUAAAAAUAGUCAUGGUUGCUUGCCAUGCUAGAACACGGAACUAUACAAACUCCUCUGUCUUCAUAGCAUGCAAUAUGUUAUGGGGGGAAUGGAGUGAAGGAACUACAAAGAAUGGUCCACAAUAAAGUCUAUCGCAUUGUGGAAUAUGCACAGUUUUCGAGUGAAUUGUAUUAAGCAGUCUUCUGGGCUUAAAGCCAGCCCUCUGUGGGGUAGGAGGAAUUCCAUGUUCUCUAAAAGUUUCUGGCACAGUUACGCCUUAGAGAUGUGGGGGUUCUUUUUAGUGCGGGGUUUUUUGUUUUUGGUUGGGGGGAGUGAGAUACUCCUCUUGAUCUGAGUUUUCAGAGAAGUAUAUAUAUUUUUUUAUAGUGUAUGACUCUGAGCACCGCAGACAAAAACUCAGCUGAGUUUAACUGUGGGGUGUGGUUUGACAUUAGAAGAUGGAUAUAAAAUUUGGAAAGUAGACUCUGAUUAUGUUCAAGUUGGCUUCGCAUUACAUGGAUAUACACUACUCUGGUUUUUGUAAGAUAAUCAUCAGACAUCCUGCCAGUGCUGUAGUUCAGUUCUGAUUCUCUCUUAUGCCGGCUGACUGGGAGGUUGUCUGUAUUAUAUCUGGGAGUAAGAUGUUCAGACUGUGGUAAUAUAAACCAAGCAACAACUGAAUCUACUGAGAACUUGCUUUCCAGGUCAGAUUGGCAGUGCAAUACUUGCGGUUGUAUCACUGCAGCUGAGAACUUAAACCUGGGUGUCCCAGUGUGAUACCUUCAGGGGUAAGUGCUGGCCGUCAGGAGAUCUUCAAGAAACAUAGCAAUGUCUGUGCCCAUGAUAAAACUUCUAAUUUACUCUAUGGAGAUGCACAAGACUGUAGUCUGAAGGGUUACAAUUCAGACACUGUUUAGGAAGCUGCUUUUUCUUGCUUUUUAGCUGAAAGCCAGUGACUGUAUAAGCGGUCGAUCAUGGCAUGUACUCAGACAGCUUAGCUCAACCCACCCUGUUUAAGCUAACCUUUAGAUUUCAGAGGGGAAACGCUAUGCAGGCAGACAGCAACUGAUGAAAAAGAGAAAGUGGUUGCUGCCUUCAGCAGGGUCUAUUGCUUGGCUACUUGCACAUAUAUUGAGAUUGAGCAGGUGCCAAAGACUCAUGCUGUUGCGCUGAGCAGGCCUUCCUGGCUUUGGGGAGCAGAAAUGGGAGCCAAUGAGCAUGGAGUCUGUAUAGCUAAUGAAGCUGUCGUGACCAGAGAACCAGCUUCUGAAUCUGAAGCCUUGCUUGGAAUGGAUCUUGUCAGACUUGGCCUAGAAAGAGGUUCAACAGCCAAGGAAGCAUUGGAUGUAAUAGUUGCUUUGUUGGAAGAGCAUGGGCAAGGAGGGAAUUACUAUGAAGACGCAAGUUCGUGCCAUGCUUUCCAAAGCGCAUUUCUGAUUGUGGACAGAAAUGAAGCCUGGGUACUGGAGACAUCUGGAAAGUACUGGGCAGCUGAAAAAAUCACAGAGGGGGUGAAAUGCAUUUGCAAUCAGCUUUCACUAACUACAAAAAUUGAUGCUGAGCAUCCUGAACUAAGGGAUUACGUGAGAAGUCAAGGCUGGUGGAAUGGAGACUCAGACUUCAAUUUUUCUGAAGUGUUUUCUCUUGCUGCUGACCAUUUAGCCUGUUGUUCUGGCAGGGAGAGCCUGGAAAAGCAAAGUGGUGAUGUUUCUGCGCAAACUAUGAUUGAUGUCCUGCGUGACAAGGACAGUGGUGUCUGUGUGGACUCUGAAUCUUUCCUUACUACAGCUAGCAUAGUGUCUGUUCUGCCUCAGGACCCUAGUUUUCCCUGUGUUCAUUACUUCACUGGCACGCCAGACCCUUCAAGGUCCGUGUUUAAGCCUUUUAUUUUUGUUGAUGAUGUAAAACUAGUACCAAAAGUACAGUCCCCUUCUUUUGGAGAUGAUGAUCCUGCUAAAAAGAUACCUCGAUUCCAGGAGAAACCCGAUCGCAGGCAUGAAUUGUACAAGGCACAUGAAUGGGCCCGGUCUCUCCUUGAGAGUGAUCAGGAGAAGGGCCAGAAACUGAUGAGCAUUAUGUUAGACCUCGAAAAGCAAGGCUUAGAAGCAAUGGAAGAUAUCCUUACUCGUACAGAGAUUCUGGAUCCCGCUGAAGUAGUAGAUCUUUUCUAUGACUGUGUUGACACAGAACUAAAGUUCUUCAAAUGAACUACAGUGGCUACUGUUAGCCUUUUCACAGGAAGACUGCAAAGUUCUUCAAGCCUUGAAAGAAAGUCUUCACACUUAUGAAUUUGCAGGAAAGACAUUAAUAGAGGGAAAAAAAUGUUACUUGCUAGCUAUAUCUGGUUAACAAAUUGCUUUCCUUUGUCCAAUCUUGUGGUGUUCCUGUUUGUGUAUGUAUAUAGUGAAAGGAGAAAAUCACUGACUGGUCUGAUUACUGUGUGCAUGCUGGCUAAUUUAGUACAGAAUGUUUAAAAAUGUAUGCUGGGCAACAAAUUAAAGCAAAGAUUAACUUCA